AUGCUGACAUUUGCAGCGAUCUGCGGCAGAGCUUUCAUUGUGUAUCCGAUCGAGUUGUGUCUUGGAAUUGUCAUUGCCUGGUGUAUGGGAAAAUAUACGCUCGAAAUUCAGCGGGAACAGUACUAUCUCUUGAGCUCGAAGAGUUUUAUCAACGAAAUAUUCGCAUACAAAGGCAAUUUAGUGUGGACUGUCCUGUUUGUGUGCUUGGCAUAUGUGCAGAUAGCGACAAAAUGUCGUAAUUAUGUCAUCCUACCGCAGUAUCAGGGAAACGUGCCAAAUUAUCCUAUGAGAGGGCUUCUAAAGCAAUAUGCCAGUAAGUUUAUAUUGAAGAAUGUGCUUCUCAUGCUCAUCUUUUGGGUUAUUGAUGGGAUCUUCAUCUUGACUGGCGGUUCGUGUUUGACCAGAGCGGAUACAUAUUCGGCAGAAAAGUGUAAAGCUAGCGGUGCUCAGUGGGUUGGGGGAUUUGAUAUAAGCGGACAUUUUUGUUUCCUUGUUAACAUCAGUAUGAUCCUCUGGCUUGAGCUCUCGCAAUAUUGGAAAUAUGUUGAGCAAGACGCUGUUGUGCUCCCCGCUAGCAGGCUUAUCAAGGUUUGCUUAAUCAUCACGGUGAGCGUUCUGGUGAUAUGGAUUGCGAUGUUGAUGAUAACCUCCAUAUAUUACCAUACGGUUCUCGAGAAGGUUCUAGGCUGCCUGAUGGGAUACAUUUGUGUCACCGUCAUGUACUGGCUGAUUCCGCGUUCUCCCUUUUGCAAUAAAUUAUUUUACUGCUGA